AUGGGGAGCUCGAAAUCCACAAUCCAAAACUACAAAUCAUCUAAUAACUUCUCUCUAAAUUUGAAAACUUGUUAUGCGUACCCAAUGGGGCUCGGAUUUGGUUAUAAUUUGGAGUUUAAUUUUGGUUUCGGAAGGAGGAAUAGAGUGAGGGCAUUGAAGAAUGGUGAUGAAGGGAAUUUGUGGAAUUUUCCGAUGGUGAAUGUUGUGAACAUUUCACCGCCAGUGGCGGCAACAAUACUGACUUCGGGAAAGGGGAAUUCGAAUGAAGGAGAGGAGAUUUCAAGUCCUGAAAUUGGGUCCGUAUUGCUAUUGAAAUUGAAAUAUGAAGAGAAGAUGAAACCUACAAAUCAUACCUGCGGAUCAGUUUUCGGUGAGAUAAGGGAGAACUGGAUAAUACCACAGACAGGGAGUUGA